AUGAUGGAGGAUUACCGCCCCUCACUUCACCAGCUUAUGACGAAUGUUAAGGCUGAAGAGACAUAUGUGAGGGGUGAUAAGCAGAGCAGAGAGGACAUUCCUACAGAUAACCAUCCAGAAGACUAUACCAGGAGCUCAGAGAAACAUCUCCUAUCUUCAGAUUUUAAAGCAGAUGAUUAUGGUUUCAAGCAAGAUACAUAUGAAGAUCAUGCAAUUAUCCCAGAUAUCCAUCAUGAUCCAUCAUGUGAUCCUUUGGAUUGUGUCAAUUCUUCUGAUUCCUCACAGACUGUUAAACAUGAGAGAAUUCACACAGAGGAGAAGCCUUUUUCAUGUUCAGAAUGUGGAAAACGUUUUGACCGUAAAUCACAUCUUGUUAUACAUGAGAGAAUUCACACAGGGGAGAAGCCAUUUUCAUGUUCAGAAUGUGGAAAAUGUUUUAACUAUAAAUCAAAUCUGGUUGCACAUGAGAAAAUUCACACAGGGGAGAAGCCAUAUUCAUGUUCAGAAUGUGAAAGACGUUUUACUCAUAAAUCACGUCUUGUUAUACAUGAGAGAAUUCACACAGGGGAGAAGCCAUUUUCCUGCUCACAAUGUGAAAAAUGUUUUAUUCUGAAAGCAGAUCUUUUUAAACAUGAGAGAAUUCACACAGGGGAAGAUCUAUUUUCCUGUUCCGAGUGUGGUAAAUGUUUUGCAACUAAAGUACAACUUGUUAGACAUGAGAGAAUUCACCCAGGGGAGAAGCCAGUUUCCUGUUCAGAAUAUAUUGGGGACCAACAAGGAGAACGUACCAUGGAAGACGAUGAGGAGCUGCCACUGGAGGAGGAUGAUGAUAAUGACACUGGCCACGACAGUGUUCCCACAUGA